AUGAUCUUUUUUAUUUUAUUUCCAUUUCCCUUUCUUCACGUUCGCUCCUACUGUUUUUAUUUUUUACUUUUCUUUCCCUUGGCUCCUUCUUUUCUUUUCCCCCUGGCUUUUUCUUUUUCUUCCUUUUUCUUUCUUUUUUUCUUUUUCUUUCUUUUCCUCCUUUUUCUUUUCUUUUUUCUUUUCUUCUUUUUUCUUUUUCUGUCUUUUCCCGCCUUACUUUUUGUUUUUACGUCUUUUCUUUUCCCCUUCUUUUAUCAUCGUUUUCUUUCUUAUUCCUUUUCUUUUAUUUCCUCCUUUUUCUUUUCUUUUCCAUUUUCUUCUUUCUUCUUUUUUUCUUUUUCUAUCUUUUUCUUCCUUCCUUUUUUUCUACGCCUUUUCUUUUCCCCUUCGUUUUCUUUCUUUUCCUUCUUUUUGCUUUUUCUUUUUCUUCUUUUUUUUCUUUUUCUGUCUUUUUCUCCUUCCUUUUUGUCUUCCCGCCUUUUCUUUUCCUCUUCGUUUUUUUCCUCGUUUUCUUUCUUUUCCUCCUUUUUCUUUUCCUUUUUCUUCUUUUUUUCUUUUUCUAUCUUUUUCUUCCUUCUUUUUUUUUCUACGCCUUUUCUUUAUCCCUUCGUUUUCUUUCUUUUCCUUCUUUUUGCUUUUCCUUUUCCUUCUUUUUUUCUUUUUCUGUCUUUUUCCUCCUUCCUUUUUGACUUCCCGCCUUUUCUUUUCCCCUUCUUUUUUUCCUCGUUUUCUUUCUUUUUUCUUUCUUUUUUCUUUUUCUUUCUUUAUCUUCUUUUUUCUUUUUCCUCUUUUUUCCUUUUUUAUUGUAUGUUAUUUUCUCUUGUUCCUCACUACUUUCUUCUUUUCUCCCUUCUUCCUUUUAAAUUUUUUCCUUUUCCUUUUCUUUCCUUUUCUAUCUCUCCUCCUGUUCUCUUUCCCAUCUUUUUCUGCCUUCCUUUUGUUCUCUUUUUACCGCUUUUCCUCUUCGUUUUUUUCUUUUCUUUACAUUUUCUCUUUCUCUAUUUCUUCUUAUAUUUCAUUUUUCUCUUUCUCCCUUUUCCCUCCUCCUUUUUUUCUCUUCCCUUUUUCUUUCUCUUUCUCCUUUCCUUCUCUUAUUCAUCCUUUCUUUUCCUUCUCUUUUCCCUUUUUCCAACAUUCUUUUUCUUUUAUCUUUUUUCUUUACUCCUUUCUCUUUUCACUUUUCUUCCGUCUUUCUUUUUUUCUUUUCACCUUUCUACUUUUCCUCUUCCAUUUUUUCUUCCCAUCUUCUUUCUUUUUCUCCCCUUCUUCUUUCUUUUUCUUCCCAUUUCAUCUUCUUUUCCAUUUUUUCCUCUUUUUCCGCCAUUCUUUUUCUUUUUUUUAAAACUUUUCUCUUUCUUCUCCUCUUCCGCUUUCCCUUUUCUUUUCAGCUUCUCCUUCUUCUAUUUCUCUUUCUUCUUUACCUUUUCUUUUUCCAUUUUUUCUAUUAUUUCUCUGAUUUUUCUCUCUUUCGUUUUUCUGUUUAUCCCCCUCUGUAUUUUUUCUUAUUUCUUGUUUAUUUUCUCUCACACUCUCUCUUUAAAGGAUUCUUUGUUUAUAUCUAUGCUUCUUCUGUUUGUUCUUUUCUUUUUCUUUUUCUCUCUGAUCUUUUUCUAUGUCAAUGAAUGCGCCAUCAAUAAUGGAGGUUGUGAACAUGGCUGCUCAAAUACAAUCGGGUCAUAUUAUUGCAAAUGUCCGCCUGGUUAUCAAGUUGGACCAGAUGGAAAAGGAUGCCAAGACAUUGAUGAAUGCAUGGUAAACAAUGGUGGCUGUCAAUAUCAUUGCAAAAAUACGAUGGGAGGCUAUGUUUGUCGAUGUCCCCAAGGCCAGACAUUACAUUCAGACGAUAAAAGCUGUGUUUCUCUGAAUGGCUGUGGCCGGAACAAUGGUGGAUGUCAUCAGAAGUGUGUCGAUGGUUACCAGGGUCACUACCACUGCUCUUGUGAAGAUGGUUACAGGCUUAGUUCUGAUGGACGAAGCUGCUUAGAGAUCAACCCUUGCCUAAAGGAAAAUGGCGGAUGCAUGCAAGUUUGCAGGAACCAUCGAUCUAAAGCUGUUUGUCAGUGUUAUAAAGGGUACAGAAUUGCCGCAGACGGCAGGACGUGCGUGGAUAUCGAUGAAUGUGCUCAUAACAUGGGCGACUGUGCUCAGCAAUGCCUCAACACAGAAGGAUCCUACGUGUGCAUGUGUACAACUGGAUUCCAACUCGGAACUGAUGAAAAAUCCUGUUACAGUAAGUAA